AUGGCAUCAAGGGAUUCGGGGAGUCUUCUCGACCUCCACGGUGGUACGAACCGACCCGCUAAUGGGAAUCUCCCCGCCUUGCACCUUUGUGGGCGUGCUCGUGUGACCUGGCAUGGGACGGCUCAUGCUGCGGCAUAUCGUCGAGUUGCAAUGCCACAGUGCGCGCGACAUGGGCUUUUGCCCUUUUCUGCGCUUUCACGUGACUUGCAGAACUUGAUUUUCAGGUUUCUUCAAAGCAAAACUCGCAUUCAAAUUUCGCUUUUUGAGCAGAAGGAUUUGAGGAUUGAAGGCCAAAUCAUUGGUUUUGAUGAAUACAUGAACUUGGUUCUGGAUGAUGCUGAAACAGUCCACAUCAAGAAAAAGACCAGGAAGUCAUUAGGAAGGAUUCUUCUCAAAGGAGACAACAUAACUCUGAUGAUGAACACGUAA